GUGAUUUUGAAUUUAAAUUUUUCGGCCAAUCUGAUUAUAUAAAUACCGUAUAAGAUGCUGAACUAAUCAUUAGUCAGGGUUUAUUUAUCCAGAAGACAACACCAAACAGCAUCAUGAAAUUCUUAGUUUUGGCUCUUGCUCUUAUCGGCGCCGCUUCAGCCGGAUACGUCGCUCCAGUCGCCCAUGGAUACGGAUGGGGAAAUGGACUCGGUUAUGCCGGUGGUUUGGGAUGGGGACAUGGAGUCGGUUAUGCCGGUGGAUUGGGAUGGGGACAUGCUGCCUACUCUGCUCCAGUUGUUAGCCAUGCCGUCGCUGCUCCAGUUGUAAGCCACGCCGUUGCUGCUCCAGCUGUUGCUGCUUAUUCUGCCCCAGCUAUUGCUGCUCAUGCUGUUGCUGCUCCAGUCGUCAGCCACGCUGUUGCUGCCCCAGCUAUUGCCGCUCAUGCCUAUGCUGCCCCAGCUAUUGCUGGACACGCUAUCGCUGCUCCAGUUGUAUCCCACGGAUACGGAUGGGGAAGCCAUGCCUACGCCGCUCCAGCUUGGGGAUAUGGUGGUCUCUGGAAGAAGAAGGCUGCUCACUAAAUUCUUGGACUGACUAUGCAAAUAAACGACUUGAUAAUUUAA